GCCUUGACUUCCCAUCCCGGCACUGGAGGAGCACUUUAAUUGCAGCUGCCCAUGGCUUUGGGCUAUUGAGGUGUAGUCUGCCUACCUGCUGCCAGUGCUCACUGUACAUUGUGGGCUGCUGCCAAUUUUGAUGCCUGGCUCGUGAUUGACAGCUGACUUACAGGGGCAGAGAAAAGGCAGCUCGAGAAGAAUGGGCCGUUUUAUUAAGAAGACGAUGUGGAUGUAAUGACAGAAAAGUACUACAGGGAUGGAGUAGUGAUACAUGAUGCAAAGUGAGAGACUCCUGGUUCUGUCAACAGCUGCAGACACAUCAGAUUGUAAGAUAUCACUACUGACCAGACACUGCAGAUUGUUAUUUAAAGGAACAUUUACUCUAAUUAAAGACUCAGUAAUACAUUCUAUCCUCUUUGGCUUACAAGAGGUAAUUUUCAUCCAGGAAGAUACAAAGUAGACAAACCUCGGAGCUUUUGAUGGCUUCUGCAAAGGCAAAAAUAGAAAGUCGGAUUAGCAUAAAAUAAAAGCAUAUUUACUGUUUUCAAUUACAUUUCACAGUACAUCCUGCUCUCUUUUUUCCACCCCUGUCAUCUCAGCUCCUGUUCUUGUCUCAAAGGGUAGACUGAAAUGAUUUUACAGUAAAAAUAGAACUGCUAAAAACAGAACAGAGAAACAAUACUUGAAAAAGAUGUAGAAACCACAUUCAAAAACCGAAUCUACGCGAAGAGUAUGUAAAGUUAAGAAAUAAGGCUUUAUUCUUUCUUUCUACUAUAGUAAAUGCAAAUUCUAAUAUUUUUAACCCAACAUUUUGAGAGGAAACUAUGAAAAAAUUGAAACCAGAUCAUAACAUUUGUUAAGAUGGUAAAGAAAUUGUUAAUAUAUUACCAUAUUAACCAAUUGUAAGUUUGAAGGUACACUAAAAGAUGUGGUUAUUGACCAAAUGAAUUUGCAGGUAACUUAUUUGGUUAUGCACAUAAAUCCCAUUACAACUUUGAAGAUUUUUGGCCCCCCAGCUCCCAGUAUUUGAAACUAUGUCUGAUCAUGAUAUUCUUACAUGAAUCCAAAAUAGGCAAACUUUCUUAAUUUUUCAUUACUUCAGAGGGCUGUCAAAUGAAAAAAUCACAUAUGUGGAUUAAUGGCUAUUAAUUAUGAUUAAAUACGAUUAAAGUGCACAUCAUUCUAGCCAUGUGUUAAAAUUCAGUAAAAAAUGUAUGUUAAUAAUAAAAAAUAAUUGCUAAUAAACUUAAGUUAAUAUGCAGUUAUUUUCAGCGGUUGCAGUUUCAAUUUCUGCCAUUAAUUACAUUUUAGUCACUGAGGAGAUGCUAUUUGAACCCAAAUUCACCACUAGAUGUCUCUAAAUACUACAAUCCAAGUCUUUGCAUACUCAAAGACUUGGAGUUUGAAUCAAUUAAAACACGUACUGAUAAUGCUUCGAAUUUGAAUUUGAUUUAUUAAUGAGUCUUAUGUCAUCUUUCCAAUUUGAUGCACACUUUAAAUUACCAUUAAGUGCUGCUUCCCGAUCAUCCCACUGUAACCCAUGUAGCAGCAGACAGCAGCGCGCCAACAGCAAUAUUUCUCAUUAAUGGCGUAUUAAUAAAACACAUAUUUCACUCAGGCAAAGACAUAUUGCCAGGCCAUCUUGGAUGUGACAAAUUCUAAUAAGACUUUUGAAUUAUGUAGAGAGCAGUUACGCCCUGAUUAGUGGCAGCCACUCUUGAUUCCCCGGAGGCAUGAAAGAGUGAUCUUCAAAUAAUGGCCAAGGUUCUUUAGCUGUGCCAUCUGUUAUAAAGUUCAUCUCAGACUGUUGGUGAGGCAGGAAUGACAAUCGGAGGAGGCUGUGUGACUGGAAGAAUCUUGUCCAGGCAUAUAAACUGAUAAUAAUCUCUGCUGUCAGAUUACAGGGACACCUUGGUUGCGAAUCGAUAAUGAAUUAAUAUAAAACAAUUCAAGACAUUUUUAAAAUCCCUCUCAAUUAGAUCACACAUCUGGGAAAUAAUGAAUCAUUCCAACACCCAAAAACACUGCUUGUUGAUAACAUGACAGUCCCUAAUAUCCUCUGAGCAGACUUUUAGAGGAUUAUUUCUCACACCUGGAAACUUAAGGAAAGACUGACAUCAGAUAAAUGAUGUGCUGUUUACAUUUUCCAGUCACUGUCUGUGAAGCCUGGAGGAAGCACCUGGCUCUGUUGUGGUUUCCUGACAUUGGAAAAAAGAUUGAUGUUUUCUACACGGUGAAGUCAUUUGACUUGGUUGUCCGUUAAAACCAAAGAGGAUUUUUCUCUGGACCACGUUGACCACAAGGACUUUCAGAUUUGAUGUAUGUCAGUUAAAAAUAAUUAGCAGAGAGAGUUUAUAGUCAUCAUCAAAGUCUGGACUGUGUGGUGGUUGAUCUGAUACUGAGAAUUUACAAAAAACAUUUUGAAUUUACAUUUUUGAAAACAAUACACAUACUUAUUAAAAGGAGAAGGAUAUUUCUUCAAUUAUUAGUUUAAGGGCUAAGAUCAGGACAUGCUUCAGGACACGUAUAUUUACAUGUGUUUCUAAACAGACUAUACAUCUAUGUUGAUAUUAAUCAUUUUUGACCAGGGCGGUGUUCACAUGUCAUUCAUUUUGGAAAAAUAAGACAGAAUAGGCAUGGUUUCUAACUCUUUUUUUAAGUUUUGUUUGACAUUGUUGGAUUCAUUUAUUUAUAUUAUCAUUAUCUAUUUAUGAUUUUAUAGUCUGAUUUUAUAGUAUGUUGAAUCACAAAUAGUCUGUUUAUCUUUAGCCAUUUUCUCUGCGUGUCUCUUAUGUCGACUGUGCUUCAGUCAAACUGCCUCCUUGGACUAUAAGUUAAGAUUUGACCGACCUUUCAAAGACCAACUCAGACAAGUGACGUCCCUUGUUCUUUUUCCUUAAUUCUGUUUUAUUUCUCUGCAUUAUUGGGCAUUUUAUUAGGCGUUUAUUAAGAGUUUCUUUCAAAUAAAACACAGUUGAACAAGCUAACUCUCCAACCACGAAUAAAUUAAGUCUGGGCCUCAUCAAAGAUCAGAGCAGAAAAACAUCCUUAGUUGAUGAUCUAAAAUAUAUUUUAAGAUUUAACCCUAAGAUCACAGCUGACCUACAUAGAUGUUUUGCUACUCACUUUCUCCCUGAAACUUUUUCUGUAAUUUUAACUUCUCAGAGCAGCAUUUCAACUUCACCCGAACACACACAGCCAUAUAAUGAUGAAAUUGAGUUACCCAGAGUGCUCAUCCCCAUGUGUUGGUGGACCUCUGCUCUCAUUAAUGUCCCAACAUUGCCAUCCAUCUACCUGUGCCAGUCUGUCUGAUCCCAUCCUGGCUUCUUUGCUCUGUCCAGGUGCUGUGCUAUUUAUAGGGACCUCAAAAACAGCAUCAGUCAGUGCUCACAGUGACAGACGUGGACACACACACAAAGUCACACAUGGAGACAGACACACACAUCUCAGAAACUUCAACUGGUCCAUUAAAGCGUAUUUGUCUCAUUUUUGAAGCACUACUAGGCUUCAAAUGAGGCCUUCACUGCAUGUGGAUGUAAGAAAAAACCGGGGAGAGCAGACAGAGGGCCGUGAAUGUAAUAUUAUAUUGCAAUGUAAUUGUGUGAAAGAGAUGAGCAGCAGCAUCAGAGAAGAGAGUGUUUUGUUUUCUCUCUCGCUAUGUCAGGCAGCAUCCUGAAGUGUUUCCGACUCUUCUUACUUUCGGCUGUUAGUGGCAAUGAUGAAAACACUCUGUAAGAUCCCCAAACCACACACUGAGGUAGACCAACUCAGAGCCAGACGACUGUAUUGUAAUAGAAAUGCCAUAAUGUCAGUGGAUGCAAAUGCUACAGUUAUGAGCUUAGACAGUCUGUGUGCACAGUGUGCAGUUAUGAGGCACACAGACCAUUAUUGGACCACGUUGUAUGAAAAAAGAAUGUGAUCACCACACUGUCAUGUCUGCUCUCAUUUAAUGGGAAGGAUUUUGACACAUUUUGGAAAACGUGGCUGCUAGGAAAUAUUCCCAAGUAGCCAUUUAGAGCUCUUCUGACAUUUUCGUCUGCAGAAUGGAAUAACAGUCCAGGGUCUGUGUUAUACAAUAGUCUAUGCAAUAGUUUUUUUUUUAUUAAAUAUGUUUCUGCUUUAUUUAUUUAUAUGAACCUUUGCUUAUCCUCUAUAAGGAAUGAUAUUAAGAAGCUAGUUAGCUAGAUAAGGAAAAAAAUGAAAAGACCUAUGGAAUGUUAAACAGUAAAUAUUAAAAUGAGUGUUGUUAUGGUUUAAAAUCACAACAUUUUCCUAAACUUCUUCGUAACAUUUAGAAACACCCUAAAGCGUUGGUGCCCAAUAGCUAGAUCAGGACUUAUUAGAUCAUAAAGAGAGUGCUGGUAAAUCCUGAGUAAUUAAAUAAAGUAAAUAAAAUGUCUGCAGAAGUGACCAUAUAUGGUAAGAACGAAUGAUGUGAACGAGUGAAAAUCAGUGUAUUUUACUCAGAGGCAGGUGACUGAGAAUGUAUCGUUUAUCAUAUCAUAUGGUGACUUCUGUUUACAUAAUUUACAUUGUUUGGGACAUCUGGUAAUUGCAAGUACUCACGUGGAUCAAACGUCACUGAACAUCAUCAACCAAUAGCGUGUUCCCAAUCAACAACAGCCCCACCCUCUCCCCGUUUCCCAUCCCUCCUCCUCCUCCUCUGUCUCUGGAACUCAGUGACUCUCAUUGCCGAACUUAGUGGCACUGAAUGAGCAGUAACUGGUACUAGUCGUGCACCGGUCUGUGUUUAACGAGCUCCAGAGGUUGAAACCCACUGACGGACAUCACGAUGGCCGAAAAGCGCCUGGAGACUAUCUCUGCCCGGGUGGACGCUGUUGCCUCAUCACCUGACAGCGUUGAAGAUGAGCUUGAACUCUCUGCAGUCCGCCAUCGCCCCGAGGGCCUGGAGCAGCUGGAAGCUCAGACACGUUUCUCACGCAAGGAGCUACAGAUCCUGUACAGAGGCUUUAAGAAUGAAUGUCCCAGCGGAGUUGUCAACGAAGAAACUUUCAAAGAAAUCUACUCGCAGUUCUUCCCACAAGGAGAUGCUUCAACAUAUGCACACUUCCUGUUCAAUGCAUUUGACACUGAUCACAACGGCUCUGUGAGUUUUGAGGAUUUUGUUAUGGGUCUUUCUAUCCUUUUGCGAGGAACCGUCCAGGAGAAACUCAACUGGGCUUUCAACCUCUACGAUAUCAAUAAAGACGGAUACAUCACUAAAGAGGAAAUGCUGGACAUCAUGAAGGCCAUCUACGACAUGAUGGGAAAAUGCACGUACCCCAUGUUGAAGGAAGAGACGCCUCGUCAGCACGUAGAGGUCUUCUUCCAGAAGAUGGAUAAGAAUAAAGACGGUGUGGUGACCAUCGAUGAGUUCAUCGACUGCUGCCAAAACGACGAGAACAUCAUGCGAUCAAUGCACCUCUUUGAAAGUGUUCUUUAACUGUCAUCCUGGCACGAAGACGUUGGACGAGAGCAUCAGCUUCAACUCGGCCCAGUGAUGGACUUGUGCCGUGUAGUGUGCUAUGCAGACUUUUGAUCAUAGAUAAAUAACGUGUUCAUCACCGUGGGCUGCAGUUCAGACGGGGCAGUGUGGUGCGAACACUCUGGAAUGACUUUUUUUUAAAACAUAACAGAAAUGAGUGAAGGGGACGAGAACAUUAUUUUUGUUUGUUUGUUUAUUUUAAACCAUCUGUCUGUGUCUGUGUUUGCCGAAACAGCCUGUUCUUGGAAUAGUGUUGGUAGUGAUGUCAUUUGUGCACGGAGGAUAUCUGAGUUUUCUCCUGCCGCAGCUUUGACUUGUUUCAUGCACAGCCAAGUGAAAUCACUGUGACUUUUUACAGCAUUGAAAAGGCAAAAGACGUGAAGACGAUCACUCCGUGUUUUUACAUUCCAGCCUGGGUUUAAUUCCAGAGUGUUUCCACCAGUGUGAUUUCUUAAUUGAAAUGUCAGUUUGAAGGAAGCAUUUAGAUAGAUUUACAUAUACAUACACACACACACAUACAUAUAUAUAAAGAU